GCGCAUGCGCAGCGCGCCUUCCCUCGCCGCCGCGCCCUCAGCCACCCUGGUUACCGUUGGUGUUUGCGAAUUCUCUGCAGCACCUUCUUCGCUGGAGACCAGCGCCGCCGGGCUCUAGCAGCAGUUCCAUACGCGCGCGCCCGCGUCACGUGGUGCGAGGCUGCCUCGCGGUUGCUGGCGUGCGGCUUAGCGGUGAGGAAGGAGCUGUGGCCACCGCUCGCCUUUCCCACCCUAGGGCGGGUGCGCGGAUAAAUAUGGCGAAGUGGGGAUAGCUGGCGCCGAACCCGACGCGAUGAGGCGCGCAGGUGGGGCGGUCGUCGGGGCCCCCUGACGUGGACGCCGGGCUGUUGUCGGCGAUUUUACCUGGCGACCUCGGGCCGGCGCCCAGUAGGUCAGACCACGGACUCCGCGGGUCGCCGAGGGUCCCGCCGAGAGCCGGAGGCAAUGGAUGAACAGAGCGUGGAGAGCAUUGCUGAGGUUUUCCGAUGUUUCAUUUGUAUGGAGAAAUUGCGGGAUGCACGCCUAUGUCCUCAUUGCUCUAAGCUUUGUUGUUUUAGCUGUAUCAGGCGCUGGCUGACAGAACAGAGAGCUCAAUGCCCUCAUUGCCGUGCUCCACUCCAGCUACGAGAACUAGUAAACUGUCGUUGGGCAGAAGAAGUAACACAGCAGCUUGAUACUCUUCAACUCUGCAGUCUCACCAAACAUGAAGAAAAUGAAAAGGACAAAUGUGAAAAUCACCAUGAAAAACUUAGUGUAUUUUGCUGGACUUGUAAGAAGUGUAUCUGCCAUCAGUGUGCACUUUGGGGAGGAAUGCAUGGUGGACAUACCUUUAAACCUUUGGCAGAAAUUUAUGAGCAGCAUGUUACUAAAGUGAAUGAAGAGGUAGCCAAACUUCGUCGGCGUCUCAUGGAACUGAUCAGCUUAGUUCAAGAAGUGGAAAGAAACGUAGAAGCUGUUCGAAAUGCAAAAGACGAGCGUGUUCGGGAAAUUAGGAAUGCAGUGGAGAUGAUGAUUGCACGGUUAGACACACAAUUGAAGAAUAAGCUCAUAACACUAAUGGGUCAGAAGACAUCUCUAACACAAGAAACAGAGCUCUUGGAAUCCUUACUUCAGGAGGUAGAGCACCAGCUGCGGUCUUGUAGUAAGAGUGAGUUGAUAUCUAAGAGCUCAGAGAUCCUCAUGAUGUUUCAGCAAGUUCAUCGAAAGCCCAUGGCAUCCUUUGUUACCACUCCUGUUCCACCAGACUUUACCAGCACUUUGCGUCAGAGAGCAGACCCUGUUUACAGUCCACCUCUUCAAGUUUCAGGACUUUGUUGGAGGCUAAAAGUUUACCCAGAUGGAAAUGGAGUUGUUCGUGGUUACUACUUAUCUGUGUUUCUGGAACUGUCAGCUGGCUUACCUGAAACUUCCAAGUAUGAGUAUCGUGUAGAGAUGGUUCAUCAGUCCUGCAAUGAUCCUACCAAAAAUAUCAUUCGAGAAUUUGCAUCUGACUUUGAAGUUGGAGAAUGCUGGGGUUAUAAUAGAUUUUUCCGUUUGGAUUUACUUGCAAAUGAAGGAUACUUGAAUCGACAAAAUGACACAGUGAUUUUAAGAUUUCAGGUUCGUUCGCCAACUUUCUUUCAAAAAUGCCGGGACCAGCAUUGGUAUAUUACCCAACUGGAAGCUGCACAAACUAGCUAUAUCCAACAAAUAAAUAACCUUAAAGAGAGACUUACUAUUGAGUUGUCUCGAACUCAGAAAUCAAGAGAUUUGUCACCACCAGAUAAUCAUCUUAGCCCCCAAAAUGAUGACACUCUUGAGACACGUGCUAAGAAGUCUGUGUCAUGCACGGAUAUGCUUCUCCAGGAUGGUCCUACUACAGCUUCUAUACGAGAGGUCAAAGAGGAUGAAGAAGAGGAAGAGAAGAUUCAGAAUGAAGAUUAUCAUCAUGAACUUUCAGAUGGAGAUCUGGAUCUGGAUCUUGUUGGGGAAGAUGAAGUUAAUCACCUUGAUGGCAGCAGUUCCUCUGCCAGCUCCACAGCAACGAGUAACACAGAAGAAAAUGACAUUGAUGAAGAAACUAUGUCUGGAGAAAAUGAUGUGGAAUACAACAACAUGGAAUUAGAAGAGGGAGAACUUAUGGAAGAUGCAGCUGCUGCAGGACCACCAGGUAGUAACCAUGGCUAUGUGGGUGCCAGUAGCAGAAUGUCAAGAAGAGCACAUUUAUGCUCUGCUGCUACCAGUAGUUUAUUAGACAUUGAUCCAUUAAUUUUAAUACAUUUGUUGGACCUUAAGGACCGGAAUAGUAUGGAAAAUUUGUGGGGCUUACAGCCUCGCCCACCUGCUUCACUUUUGCAAUCCACAGCAUCAUAUUCUCGAAAAGAUAAAGACCAAAGGAAGCAGCAGGCCAUGUGGCGAGUUCCCUCUGAUUUAAAGAUGCUAAAAAGACUCAAAACUCAGAUGGCUGAAGUUCAAUGUAUGAAAACUGAUGUAAAGAAUACACUUUCAGAAAUCAAAAGCAGCAAUGCUGCUUCUGGAGACAUGCAGGCAAGCCUUUUUUCUGUUGACCAGGCAGCUCUGGCUGCUUGUGGAGCCGAAAACUCUGGCAGAUUACAGGAUUUGGGAAUGGAGCUCUUGGCAAAGUCAUCAGUUGCUGGUUACAUACGAAACUCCACAAAUAAGAAGAGUAAUUCACCCAAGCCAGCUCGAUCCAGUGUGGCAGGUAGUCUGUCACUUCGAAGAGCAAUAGACUCUGGGGAAAAUAGCCGUUCAAAGGGAGACUGUCAAACUCUAUCUGAAGGCUCCCCAGGAAGCUCUCAUUCUGGGAGCAAGCACAGUUCUCCCCGAGCCUUAACACAUGGCACUAUCAGUGAUAUUUUGCCAAAAUCUGAAGACCGGCAGUGUCAAGCUUUGGAUUCGGAUGCUGUUGUGGUUGCAGUUUUCAAUGGUUUACCUGCUGUUGAGAAAAGGAGGAAGAUCGUCACCUUGGGGGCUAAUUCUAAAGGAGGUCGUCUGGAAGGAAUGCAAAUGACUGAUUUGGAAAAUAAUUCUGAAACUGGGGAAUUACAACCUAUACUACCUGAAGGAGCUUCAGCUGCCCCUGAGGAAGGAAUGAGUAGUGACAGCGAUAUUGAAUGUGACACUGAGAACGAGGAGCAGGAAGAGCACGCCAGCAUGGGAGGAUUCGAUGACUCUUUCAUGGCGCAGCCCCCAGAUGAAGAUACGCAUUCCAGUUUUCCUGAUGGUGAACAAAUAGGCCCGGAAGACCUCAGCUUUAAUACUGAUGGAAACAGUGGAAGGUAAUUUUCAAAUCAAGAGAACUGACUUGCAAGCUACCUUGACCCUGAGAUUUGCUGUAGUUGAUGCUCAAAUUUGUCAUCAGUCAGAUAAUCAGAUUUGGUCUUAUUUUUUCAUCUUCUCUACUUGAAAUAGUAAUUCUGAAGACUGCACAGUUGUAGUAUAUGACAUUAGUAUGCAGGAAAAAAUUAACAGCGUGGGAAGAAGAAUUCUGUGUAAUGUAAUGAAUUAACAGUGUAGUCCUCAAUUAAUUUAGUAAGUUAGGAUAUUUAUAAAAGGAAGUUUGUUUGCUACAAUAGAAAGGUCAUUAACCGCCACACAGUGUGUGUGGAGACAGUGCAUGUGCUCAGUAACCUGCUAACCCUCAGUGCUCUUCUGUCCGUGGCUAGAUGCGCAGUUGUGUUUAAAUGACCACCUUUAGAUUUUGGGUUUUAAUUAGAGUUUAUAGCUUCAUUAAUGCCUGUAAAUUAGGGAACAGAAAAAUUACUUAUUUGUAGAUUCUGCCCUGUAGAUACUUUAUGUGAAUAACUAAGGCAAAACUAGACUGAGUCUCCUCUUUGGAGUAUGUUGGCUGACUGAAGUUAAUUUAUUUACCUGUUCUUGUUUGUUCAAGUGCAGGCACACUGAUUAUUGGCACAUAAUCUUUCUGUUGUAUGACUUUUACAAAUAUAAUUUUAAAUGAGUGAAGUUCAUGUGAAUUGGUUAUGUUUCCCAGUCAUAUGAACACAUGGAAGAUCAUUUAAAAUUACUUUUUUUUUCUAACUUUUACUAAACAACUAUAGUGCAACAAGCAUUUUAAAACCCUCUUUUCUCUUUUAUUUUCAUUAGUUGAACAUUGGUUUCAGUGUCAAUACAUUUAAAGAUUCAUACAUACUGCACACUGGUUUACAUGAAACUGUGGUAUAAUGUUUAUUUUCAUAUUCAGUUAGCCCAAAAUAAUUGCCAGACUUUCCACCGUGCUCCUACAUUUGUGUUUGAGCUGCUAUACUAUUUGUGAAAAUUACACUGAAAGUUGAUAAGACUAUUGAAGAAGCAUGAAUAUAAUACACACAUGAGAGGCGCCUCAUCUACUUCUAUUUUACUUAUUUCCCAUGUCUAAUGUCUUGCCAAAUGCUGUGAUUCAUGGUUUGCUUUUGUUCAAAACGGUUCACACUUUUUGUUAAUAAAAUGAACU